GGGAAGUCUCGCGAUGCGGUAGCCGGCUGCUGGUGCUGCGGGUGGCUCGGGCUGUUGCUGUGGUUGCCGGAGUUGCGGCGGCUGCGGCGCUGGCGGGGGUGGCGGCCCCGGCGGAUGUUGACAUUGUGUUGUUGUUCCUGCCCACGGUAAUGGCGGCGGCGGCGGCGGCGGCCGGGACCCAGUCUCGUCAGUAGCCACAGUCGACACUGCCGAGCGCCAGCUCCGCGGCCUCCGCGCCCUUCGCCUCGCCAGCCGUUCCCCGCGGCCGCCCCAGAGCCAGGGCCCCCGGCGGGGGGCUCGCCGGCGCGGGAUGGCGGAUUUCGAUGAAAUCUACGAGGAGGAGGAGGACGAGGAGCGGGCCCUGGAGGAGCAGCUGCUCAAGUACUCGCCCGACCCGGUGGUGGUCCGCGGCUCCGGGCACGUCACCGUAUUUGGAUUGAGCAACAAAUUUGAAUCAGAAUUCCCUUCUUCAUUAACUGGAAAAGUAGCUCCUGAAGAAUUCAAAGCCAGCAUCAACAGAGUUAACAGCUGCCUUAGGAAGAACCUUCCUGUGAAUGUGCGGUGGUUGCUUUGUGGCUGCCUGUGUUGCUGCUGCACGUUAGGGUGCAGUAUGUGGCCAGUUAUUUGCCUCAGUAAAAGAACACGAAGAUCGAUUGAGAAGUUAUUAGAAUGGGAAAACAAUAGGUUAUACCACAAGCUGUGCUUGCACUGGAGGCUGAGCAAAAGGAAAUGUGAAACGAACAACAUGAUGGAAUAUGUCAUCCUCAUAGAAUUUUUACCAAAGACACCGAUUUUUCGACCAGAUUAGCAUUUGCUUUAUUUAUAGAGACUUUCCAAGUGUGUUGUCUUUCCAAUGGUGCCUUGCUUGGUGCUCUCCUGCUGGUGAUAUGAUGCUGGUUCUACAGAAUCGGGUGGUGUUUUUGUUUGUUUUGUUUUUUAAAUAACCGCAUGUUCUAUGUGUGCAUAUUUGUCAAACUUUGCAAGUUAUUUCAUACAGAUGUUUAAUACUUAAGUUAUUGUGCUCUUUUCUGUUAUAUAUUCUGAUUUUCAAGGAUUACUUUUUGUAUUCUCAAAAAAAAAAUACAUUUGAACUUAGCAUAAAAAAUGGCCAGCCUUUGUUAUUUUGUCAACAAGGUUCACACAGUCAUUUAUUUAUUAGUUCCUUAACAUAGAAAAGCAUACUUGUUAUCUGUUCUAACACUCUCUUGGACUUUUUUUUCUUUCUUUUAGAAUUUGCCACAAUAGUUACUUGAAAACUGUAGGUUUUCUCACAAAGCCUUUUGGGCCCUGCUCUGACCUUUCUCACACAGUUCCUUAUGUUUAGUCUCAGCAGAUACACCUUAACUUUAUGAAGAACUAGCAGCAGUUUUCAAAGUAUCUAUCCUCACAAUGGUAAUGCCCCUAGAGUAGACGGAUCAUGAGUGUGUGUUCGCACCUGUGGUCACUAGAGCUCAGCCUCGCCGUGCAG